UCAAUUCCAUCAUCUCUCCUUCCACCCCUCUCCUUCCUAGUAAACAAACCAAUGCCUAUCCCCGAAUCUAACCAAAUGCCGUUGCUGGUCGUCUGCCUCCUUUUCGCCGGAAUGGCGGCCGCCGCGGCCCAGAACUGCGGCUGCUCUGCCAACCUCUGCUGCAGCAGAUUUGGCUACUGCGGCACCGGCGACGACUACUGCGGCACCGGAUGCCAGCAGGGCCCCUGUUACUCCUCCCCGAACAACGGCGUUUCCGUCGCUGGCAUCGUGACGCAGAGCUUCUUCGACGGCAUCAUCAACCAGGCAGCCAGAAGCUGCGCCGGCAGGAGGUUCUACACCCGCAGCGCUUUCCUGACCGCCGCCGGCUACUACUCCCAGUUCGGCCGCACCGGUUCAGCCGCCGACUCCCGGCGCGAGAUCGCCGCUUUCUUCGCCCACGUCACGCACGAGACCGGACACUUCUGCUACAUCGAAGAGAUCAACGGCGCGUCGCAAAACUACUGCGACACGAGCCGCACUGAUUGGCCGUGCGUCUCCGGCCGCAACUACUACGGCCGCGGCCCCCUCCAACUGACCUGGAACUACAACUACGGCGCCGCCGGCCAGGCGAUCGGCUUCGACGGCCUCCGUGCGCCGGAGACAGUGGCAAACAACGCCGUCAUCUCCUUCAGGACCGCUCUCUGGUUCUGGAUGAACAACUGCCACAACAGCAUCACCUCCGGCCAAGGGUUCGGCGCCACCAUCCGAGCGAUCAACGGUGCCCUGGAGUGCAACGGCCGCAACACGGCGACGGUCAACGCUCGCGUCGGCUACUACAGGGAUUACUGCCGUCAGCUCGGCGUUGACCCCGGUAAUAAUCUCACUUGCUGAGCACAGCUAGUCGAUCACUGCGAUAAUAAAUGAUCCGGCAAAGACUGAAACUAGUAAGCAAUAAACUGUCGAUUGUGUUGACAUAAACUAUGUAUUUCACUUCUAAAAUAAAAAUAAAUGUGCUUCGAAGUGAAUUAUUUUA